AUGCUUCUCCUCCCAGCCGCUGCUCUGUGCUGUCUGUGUUCAGCGCUGGUUGCCAUGGCAGCAGAGCUGACUCAGGACCAGUUGUCUUUGACCAGAAGAGUUGGUGAACAGGCCUCGUUCAGCUGUGGAGGAACUGAUCAGCAUAGAUACAUACUCUGGUUUCAGAAGGAAGACACAGGAACGUUCACACUGAUUCUUGAUAUUGAUGAAAGUGAUGGUUACAUUUAUAAGCCUUACAAUAAUCCUCAGAAAGACGACUUCACAGCUGAGAUUAAACAGAACAGCUGUGAGUUGAAGAUAGAGAAAGUUAAACGCUCUCAUGCAGCCACGUACUACUGCGCCUAUUUGAAGUCUGGAACCCACAUCUCUUUCACUGUGGAGUUGAUCUUCGGCUCAGGAACCAAAUUGUUCGUAGAUGAUACGCCGCUGGUGACCCCGGUGGUGAGCGUGUACCCGGCAGCUUCCAUCGCCGCCCUGGACGGGAAGAGCUCCCUGCUGUGUGUGGCCUCCAACAUGGUUCCUCCUCUGGUCCAGUUCUCCUGGACAAGACAGAGUGAGGGUGGUCCUCUGGAGACGCUGUCCUCUGCUGAUGGAGAGCAGCUGGAGCUCAGUGGGACAGGACGCACCGCCGCCAUCAUGGUGGUCGACCGGAACGCUCCGUACAAAUACCGCUGCCACGUCCGGCAUGAGGGAGGCACAGUGGAGGCCCCGGCAGAGCAAGAGGUUUCUGCAGUUCACGCACAGACGUCUCCGGCGGCCGUGGCCUGGUCUCAGCGGCAGGUGAAGCUGCUGUGUCUGCUCUACACGCUGCUGAUGGUGAAGAGUCUGGUUUACUGCGGUGGACUCGCUCUGAUCCACAUCCUGAGGAACAGGGAGCGUCCAGCCGCUGCUCACCAGACGACCGAGUUUCCUGCAGCAGCUUCAACUUCUCACUGAUCCUGUUCACUUCACUCUGCUUCUCUUCUCACUGCAAACACUCGUCU